AUGUCACUCUCAGGAAAGGUCGUCUUGAUUACCGGUGCCUCGAUGGGCAUCGGCGCCGCAAUCGCCCACCAACUUGCCAGAAAAUCAGCAACGCUGAUCCUCUGGUCACGGUCCUCUGACAAGCUUGAAGAAUUAAGCAGCGAGCUGAAGGCCAUCCCGGGCGCCGGUCCGGUCCACCACUUCGCCGUCGACGUGGGCAAGCACUCGCAGAUUUCCGAGGCCAUCAGCACCAUCGUCAAGCAGCUUGACGCCCCCAUCGACAUCCUCAUCAACAACGCCGGACUCGCCCUCGCCGCACCCAAGCUCUUCCCCGAGCAAAGCCUAGAGGACAUCACCACCAUGGUCAGCACCAACAUCAACGGGAUCCUUUACACCUCGCACGCAGUCCUGAAUGAGGGCCGCAUGCUCGCUGCCGGGAGGGGGCAGAUCAUCAACAUUACGUCAGUGACUGGGCUGGAAUGCCCGCCGUUCCCCGGCGAGGCUGUCUACCACACGAGCAAGGCCGCCCAGGAGGCAUUUACGAACAUUCUGAGGAAUGAGCUGAAGGACACGGACAUCAAGGUGCUCGCGGUGCGGCCGGGCGUGGUGGCUACGAAUUUCCACGAGCAGAGGGUUGGUUAUGACAAGGACAAGUACGAGGGUUUCAUCGAGGGCUACGAGCCGCUGGUUGCAGAUGACGUUGCCGAGACGGUGGCGUGGGUGCUGGAGAGGCCGGACAGGGUGAGCGUGAAGGCUCUGGAUGUUGUUCCUACGGCCCAGAGGAGUCUGACCGUGUUUGAUCGGAAUUGGAACGAGAGGAGGGAAUCUCGGGGCUAG